AUGAUGAUGAAGCAUGGCCUCACUGUCGAGAACUUGGCCGAUGCAAGAAUAGUCGACGCUGACGGGAGAACCCGGGAUAGAAAAUCGAUGGGGGAAGACCUUUUCUGGGCCAUUCGAGGAGGCGGGGGCGCCAGCUUCGGCGUCGUCCUGUCGUACAAAAUCAAUCUCGUGACAAUCCCGAAAACUGUCACAGUUUUUGACAUUAUCAAAACAGUAGCAGAAAAUGCAAGCGGUAUACUUCACAAGUGGCAGAAGGUAGCCUACAAAAUGGACAAGGAGCUUUUCAUUAGGGUUAGCCUAGCAUCCUUGAAAGAGACAGCUAGGGCUAUUUUUCUUACAAUGUACCUCGGAAAUUGCGACAAACUUGUUGAAAUCAUGGCAGCUCAGUUUCCGGAGCUAGGAUUGCAAAAACAUGAUUGUAAGGAAAUGAGCUGGAUUAGGGCUGCUGGGUUGGGAAUGGGAGUGAAGAGGCUAGGGUUUAUGGGGUUAAGUAUUUUGGGGAAAAUUUUGAGAGAUUGGUCUAUCCAGAUAGACCUGACAGACCAAACUGCACCCACUGCUUGGGUGCAAUCUGGUGCUACACUGAGUGAGCUAUACUACAAAAUUUGGGAAACAAGCAAAACCCUAGCUUUCCCCGCAGGUGUCUGCCCUACCUUGGGAAUCGGCGGCCACAUCAGUCGCGGUGGCUACGGAAAUCUCCUCCGGAAAUACUGCUCGUCCAUCGACAACGUGGUCGAUGCAAGAGUAGUUGAUGCUAGCAGGAGAAUCCUCGACCGGGAGAUGAUGGGCGAAGACCUUUUCUAG